AUGUAUUCGAUCUUCAAUGAGAUAGAAGCCAGUCUUGGAGCUCCAUUGCGUCCUGAUCACGACGAAUGUGGUAUCUGCCAAGAUCAACUCACUGACGACAAGGCGACAUUGACGUGUACUGAAUGUUGUCAAAGCUUUUGUCGCGAUUGCCUACAAACCUGGUUCUUGCAACCACGCCAGGCUAGGUGUCCCAUUCGAUGUGUCCUUACUCUCAGGAAAGGAAUUAACCAAAGUUGUUUGACAGAAACGGAGCGGCGAAUAUAUAACUCCCAGAUUGGAGAACAGCAGGAUCCUGACGAAAGCGACGAGAAUUGGUAUGGUGAUGAGUAUGGCAACGAGUACGAGAGUGGUUACGACAAUGAGGAAGAGGCGGAGGAGGAUGUCGUCGACGAUGUGCCAGAGGAGAUCCCCACGCGGAGGUCGCCAUUCUCAAACAGGGUCGACAUGAACUCUUCCAUGAGUCCAAGCCGUAGUGCCAUCUUUUCACCGCCAGCUCCUUCACCACCAACACCAACACAACCACCAUCAGAGAAUUACACUCUUCAGACAGCUCCAUUGCCUCGAUCCUUUCUACUAGAAGACACCGCAGAGUAUGGCAGACAGAUAUUUGAAUGCUACCAAGGGGCACAAGGAUAUUAUAGACCAUCAACCCAGGAAAUGAUUAACAGCUACAACAUGCUCAUGAGUUAUCCAGUAAUUCCAGCGCGGUCACAGGAUAUGGAUAGAAUAGGCACACAGGCUACAGAUCCUACACAGACUGCAGAUACUGCUCUGAACCAUUCCGGGGUGCCGCGUGGUCCACCACCAGUUCCCAUCAAUAUUGGUCUGUAUUGGCUUGAACCGCAUCGAAGUACCAUCCAGGAUUAUCUUCGUUCAUAUACUCAGACUGAUCGAGAGAUUUGUUGGGCGAUAUUCCGGCCAGGCGGCCCUUUCGACAAGGUGGAUGGUCUCCAGCAGCGAAUCUUAGACGAGAUGUUCAAACAAGAACAGGCCAAGUGUUACCCUCCAAGUGGACAGACUGUCCAAUUCGUUCAAAGUAGGUGCCAUCAUCGCCCGAUCACAGAUGAAGAAAUGAAUGAAUACAUGGACGCGCUGUAUGCUCAUUCAAUGUCUUUCACAUGCGAAGAGUACCACUGGUAUCGUAUAUUCCGGAUGCAAACAUAUCUAUCACAAAUUCAGAGGUAUCGUAGACAGGGAAUGACCGACAGGUCGUUGUGGCUCCCUAGGUAA